CGGUAGCCGCCGGUAGCAGGAGCAGCAGGAGCGGCAGGAGCAAGCGGCCGGGCAGCGGGGCACAUGGCAUGCCUGAUGGCGGCUUUCUCUCUGGGCACCGCUCUGAACGCCAGCAAUUCCGCUUGUACUAUGGUUGAACCAAAGUCAGUGUGUGUUUCAGUGGAUGAAGUGGUCUCAAAUGGCACAGAUAACCAAGACAUUCGACUGAUGAAUGGACACUUGAAAAAAGUGGACAAUACUCUGACAGAAGCUCACCGUUUCUCCUACCUACCACGCAGACCAGCUGUAAAUAUUGAGUUUAAAGAACUGUCCUACUCUGUCCAAGAAGGGCCGUGGUGGAGGAAGAAAGGCUAUAAGACCCUUUUAAAAGGAAUUUCAGGGAAGUUCAGCAGUGGAGAACUUGUUGCGAUUAUGGGCCCCUCAGGAGCUGGGAAGUCAACACUCAUGAACAUUCUGGCAGGAUACAGAGAGACAGGAAUGAAAGGAGAAAUUCUCAUCAAUGGGCAGCCUCGUGACCUACGCUCCUUUCGCAAAGUCUCCUGCUACAUCAUGCAAGAUGACAUGCUCCUUCCUCAUCUGACUGUCCAAGAAGCUAUGAUGGUAUCUGCUCAUCUGAAACUUCAAGAGAAAGAUGAAGGCAGGAAAGAAAUGGUGAAAGAAAUAUUGACAGCCCUUGGUUUGCUAACCUGUGCCAAUACAAGGACUGGGAGUCUAUCUGGAGGCCAGAGAAAGCGUCUUGCCAUUGCUUUGGAGCUGGUGAACAAUCCUCCUGUUAUGUUUUUUGAUGAACCAACCAGCGGCUUGGAUAGCGCAUCAUGUUUUCAAGUUGUCUCUCUGAUGAAAGCUUUAGCCCAAGGUGGCCGGUCCAUCAUCUGCACAAUUCAUCAGCCCAGUGCUAAACUCUUUGAGUUGUUUGAUCAGCUCUAUGUUUUAAGUCAAGGUCAAUGUAUUUACCGGGGAAAAGUAUUAAACCUUGUCCCUUACUUAAGAGAUUUGGGUUUGAAUUGUCCAACCUAUCACAAUCCUGCAGAUUUUGUUAUGGAAGUAGCAUCUGGUGAAUAUGGAGACCAGAACAGCCGACUGGUAAGGGCAGUACGGGAGAGGAUUUGUGACACAGACUACAAGAGAGAUGUUGGUGGUGAGAAUGAGUUGAAUCCCUUUCUCUGGCACCGGCCCUCUGAAGAGGAUUCCUCCUCCACAGAAGGCUGCCACAGCUUCUCCGCCAGCUGCCUAACCCAAUUUUGUAUCCUCUUCAAAAGAACUUUUCUCACCAUCAUGAGGGAUUCAGUCCUAACACAUUUGCGUAUCACCUCUCACAUUGGAAUCGGUCUGCUUAUUGGCUUGCUCUACUUAGGCAUUGGCAAUGAAGCUAAGAAGGUUCUCAGCAAUUCUGGCUUCCUCUUUUUUUCCAUGUUGUUUCUUAUGUUUGCUGCACUCAUGCCAACCGUCCUUACAUUUCCUCUUGAGAUGGGUGUGUUUCUUAGAGAGCACCUGAACUACUGGUACAGCCUGAAAGCCUACUAUCUUGCCAAAACAAUGGCUGAUGUUCCUUUUCAGAUCAUGUUUCCUGUAGCUUAUUGCAGCAUCGUGUACUGGAUGACUUCACAGCCAUCUGAUGCACUCCGAUUUGUCCUCUUUGCAGCCUUAGGAACCAUGACAUCCCUGGUGGCACAGUCACUGGGUCUUCUCAUAGGAGCAGCCUCUACAUCUCUCCAGGUAGCCACUUUUGUGGGUCCGGUUACUGCCAUUCCAGUGCUUCUGUUUUCUGGGUUUUUUGUCAGCUUUGAUACCAUCCCAACAUACCUCCAGUGGAUGUCCUACAUUUCCUAUGUCAGAUACGGGUUCGAAGGAGUUAUUCUCUCAAUCUAUGGACUGGAUCGAGAAGAUCUGCAUUGUGAUAAAGAUGAUACUUGCCAUUUUCAAAAAUCAGAGGCCAUUCUGAGAGAACUGGAUGUAGAAAAUGCCAAACUCUACCUGGACUUCAUUGUUCUCGGAAUUUUCUUCUUCUCUCUGCGUCUAAUUGCCUAUUUUGUUCUCAGAUACAAAAUCCGGGCAGAGAGGUAGAGGAAAAACAACCAAAAUGAUGCAGUAGGAAGAUCUUUAGACAUGCAGUAGAGGGCAGUUGACAUUGUCUCACUGUGGCAGGCCCGUCUCCAGUGCCCAGCUAGAUGCUGUUAUGACCUAGCCCAUAGAGAACCACACUGGGAUAGAAGACAUAUAGUGUUACGUCAAUCAGUCCAGUUGGGUUGGGUCAUGUUUUCAUUACACUUUCUAGCUUUAACCAGGAAGAAGAAAUAGAAGGGAAUUUUACAACACAGAAUUUCAAUACUGAGACAGUGUAACUGUAAUUAAAAAAAAAAACAAAACUGGUUGCAGGAAAUUUCUUUCUGAAAACCAAUUAUGCGAUAAGGUAAUUCAAGUCCUGGUAGCCAGAAUAGUAUAAUGUCAUCUGUAGGUGACAAGAUAACGAAAUGCAAAAUGAGAAAUGCAAAGAAAAUAGGAUUAUCUCAUCUUUUUAAAUUCGAGAGUUUCAUUGUCGUGGUUUUCUAUGUAUUAUUUUGCAGUUGUUUUCCAUGGCAUUACCCCUACUGGCCAAAAAUCUGUAACUGUAAUAAUAAGGAAAAGGCAUCUUUUUGAUAUGGGUACUUUUUAAAAACAGAAAAAGAAAAGUCUAAAAUGAUUCAAGUCAUUAUUUUUGUUUCUGUUUAAAUGUAGAAUUCUGGUGCUUUACUUGUCGAGCUGGUCUCAUAUCUGAAAAUUGUCAUGAUAGGAGGACAGGGCAGAUUCUGAGUCUGCGCUAAGUCUGUGAUCCAUAUUUGGAAGCAGCAAUAGAUAGCACAGACAUGUUCAAGCUACUGCUGAAUGAUUGAAAAUACAUUCUUUUGCAGUGUCUUUUAAAUCCUAAAGAUUUGUUAUCUUGAAAAUACUGAUACUGCUCCUUAUCUGUUUGAUCUACCUCCUGUGAAUGAAAAGAUCAAAGCGCUCCAAGGCUCAUUUUUUCUUAAAUUAUGAAAGCAGAAUCUGUCCCUAAAGUCUAAGAAAUCGUCUGAUGGAGUCCAAGACCUAUCUAUAGUUCAGAGCUUGGAGUAUUGUGUUAAACCACUUCCGACUGCCUUGUAUGUCAGUGUUUGAAAUGCUAGUUAAAAAUGACUUGUAGGAGUCUGUUCAGAUUAUGCAAAGGGCUUUGUAACACUGCAGGCCAAGCAGUUUUGUUUGCAUCCAAAAGUCUACGUAAGUGAAAUGAAAAUUAACAGCAAAUUGAUCUAAACACCUAUGAAACUAUUGCAAGAGGCAUGCAUUUGUUUUGUAUAUCUCACCUUUGUAAACUUGUUGGGGAAUUCUGACACUAAGUUGUUACAAAUUUUGUUACUAAUUUUCAUGGGUAUAGAUUGGCAACCCAAAAUGAUAGCAUGGCACUCAUGCCCGUGUUGGACGCCCUGAUGAAAUUCUUUGUGAAUUCCAGUACCUUCUGCAGUUAUUGUCCAUUUACCUAAGAGUCGUAGAUAUCUGAGCCAGAACUACACAUUCUACAAAUGCAUUAUUCCUAACAGGGUGCUGAAGUCUUGUAGACUGGAAGCAGCUCAGUGACAGCAAACCACUCAGGAGCUCAGUAAUUCAUAAUGGUAGAGUAGAUUAAGACCUUGUUCAUCUGCUCAUCAUCAAUUACAGUUCACAGACUAUGUUUGAGGACUUCACAGCUACAUCUUUACUAGUUAACUAAAUAAUGCUAGAAUCUGAUCUCUGGCCUUUAGGCCAGUUUGCACAAUCUGCUGUCUUGUUAAUCCUCAAACAACUGGGUCUUCUAGGAACAAUCUCUGCCCUAUGCUAACUUCAAAUGCUUUCUGAAAAACCUUGGGUUGUGUUGGGCGACAACUCUACCAUUCAUUUCUCAGUGAAGACAGUUUGUUAGUUUUCCUUACCCAUGCCCAGACUGUCUUUAAUUUACUGGUGCAGACACAGACUGUGUAUACCUAUUAAAAUCAGCAUACUUGAGUUAAGCCAGUGUUCCAGAAGGCUGAAGGCUUUUCACGCAUUUUAGGAAUGGUAGCUGAACAUUCCCUGGAAGUAAGGUUGGCCUGUGAAAGCAAGGUUAAUCUUUACUUUAAAAGAAAAAAAAAAAAAUCCUUGUACAAUCUGCAUGGGUUUUUUGCUGUUUUUUUUUUGUUUUUUUUUUCUUUUCUUAAAAUAUCCCUGAAGCUAAUAGAGCUUUUGUACAGCUCCACAGCAUUUCCAGGCAUGCUAACAAGAAGGUAUGUGUUUACCUGGCUGUUAGCUACGAGAAAGUAAGAACUUUGGCUGCUCUAAAUAACACUCAGAACUGUGAACGGUUAUUAAACAAGUCACAAGCUGAAAUUCCUUGGUACAGCCUACUUUGAUUAUCUUAAGACUCUCAGAAUAUUUUUGUAAGUAUUUCAGGCCGUUACUGUUUGCAAACAGAUAAAAAACAGGGUUUACCAGAUGACUGUUUUGUUGCACACCGAUGGUCUUGCUGUGGGCUAGCUGAGUAUGAAUAAAUGACAUCCACAUCAUUAAAUCAGGUCAGGGUUUAAGUUUUGUGUUUACCAACACCAUUUAGCAAACAGCACACUGAAGAUCACCUGCAGUUUAUCAAAUGAAAUAACCUUGCUGAUAAAACUGAUAUUUCUACACUUAGAUGAGGGCGGUGCUGUCUUCUCCUGUCUAACCUUAUUUAGUAAUAUGGGCACCUUGAACACUGUCUUGUCUGUGUGUGCUUGUUCCUCUGUUGGUAGAUUUUAUUUUAGCUCUUUAGUCUGCAGUAUAUCCUUCUGCACUGUAAUGAUAUAUUGUAUGAUGGUAGCCAAAAAUCUGAUCCUCUGUGGGUGUUCCUAAGAAAAUAGAUGCUCCAGAAUAUUUCUGUCACUCCUUUUAUUAGCUGUGCUUCUUCCCAGCCAUCUGCUGGCAGAAUUUAGCUGAAAGUUACUAUUCUGAGCAACACUUUCAGGCUGUAGUAUUCCAAUAAAGAAAUAAAUGAAUUCUCUUGAAGCCAGCUCUACCCACAGAUGAGAUAAUCAUUCUUUCCUGCCUUGGUGCUAAAAUUAACUAAUGACAUCCCUUGAUGUUACUGUGGGACAGAAGUAUUUGAAGUGCAUCCCAAUUGUGUGUUUUUAAGCUGUAAAGUCCUUUAACACAGAUUCUGUUUGGCCUUUCUAUUGUUUUGCAGAAAUAAGCUCUAACAGGCUAGGAUAAAAUGCAUUCCUGUGUUAGUGAACUGAGCAAACACUUUGCCAACCUCUGGGAGCUUCAUGCUGAAAAAAAGAUGAGGCCAGCAAGAAACUAAACACUUCAAAAAGUCUAUUUUUAUAACUGUGUAUAAAUAGCCAUAAACAUGUUGAAAUCAAUGCUAUUAUUACCAUUCAGACCUGUUGCAAUCCAUUUAAAAAUUGCACAAGGCACAAAUGUUUUUAAAUGGUUUCUUGUAGACUGGACCUGUGAUUGCUGUUGUGAUUACUAGAAGUCUUUAGCGUUCUGUUGGCUUCCUUGUUUCAUUUUUGUUUAUUUAUUUUUAUGUUAUUUUGGUUAUUAUGUGCAUCAGUUAAGACUUUAUGCUUCAAUUUUUUUCUUUUUUUCUUUUUUUUUUUUUGCUGAAACCUGCAUAUAAUCUGGAAGUUUUCAGGAGUAAUUUUUUCUUUUAUUUACGAUGAAAUAAGCGAUUUGGAAAACGGUUGCUACUCAGAUAAAAAAUUGAGAAAAUGUCAUCUUUAUGGGUCAAAGGGAGUAGUGGAAAAAAUAUCUGGUGCUGACUUCCUAUGCGAUUCUUAACAUUUGAAACCCCAACUAUCUCUUUUCUUAUUGAAGGAGCAUAUAUGCACAUUAAAGACAGAGAUAAUUAUGUGUGAGAUAAUGACUACUUGAGUCUGAAAACGGGGUGUAUCAGAUGACAGCUAUUUCAGUCUACUCUUUUGUGCCAGUGUCUGUGUUGACAAAAAAAAAAAUUAAUGGUAUGUUAAGCAUUUAUUUUUGAAACAAAGUGUGGUAGUGCACCCUGAUGUGUAGCACCACUGCAGUGAUUCUCACAAGGACAUCUUAUCUGUGUGAUGUACUCAGCCUUAGAUGGAUGCAUUCUGCUCUAAUGGGUUACUCCAAAGCUUUUUCCAAAGAAGUAAUUAUCUGUGUUAAUAACUCCUCACAUCUGUAUUGUUUCAUGAAUCAAAGUAAUGACUGAUAUCUCUAAAAUAAAGUCCAGGCUUGAGUGCUUUGCUGGUUGAGGGCUGUAUUGCACAGGAAAACUGAGAUGUUGGCUGUGUGAACACACUCAGAGACUAUAGCAAAAAGUCAAUUUGCUUUAGGUUAGUUGCUGGGUGAUUACAGUGAUCUUGAAUUAAUCUUUUUGAACCAAAAAAUAUUCGGGGCAAAGGAGAGUUAAAAUAGAGCAUAGAGAGGAGUGUAUGUUUUCCUGUAGUACUUUUAGUUUGGGUUUGCAUAAUAGCUUUUAUUAUCUGCAUAAUUUUGAUAAGGAAAAACAAUGUUUCUAUUCUUUUCUUUCUGCACCAGAAAUGCCAAUCCAGGAGUGCUCUGCAUACUAAAACUGCCAGUGUUUAUUUGUUCUUUCCAAACUAAGAAGGAAGAGUUCUUAAUUAUUUUUCAGCAUUAGAUUUUAUUGAAAUACAAUUUCCCUCUUUUGUCACCUGCCACGUGACAUUUAUAUUCAGGACCAAUACAAAAAGGGCAGAAGGAGGGACCUAAGGUGGGCAGCGAUGUUUCCAGAGAUCCUCACAAAAUGCAUGUGAGAAGAGUGAAAAUGACAUUAGUAAUUCUUUCUGCAGCCUCUGCGCCUUCUUCCACAUUGCCUUUACUCACUGAGCUGUAGGUCCAUCCCACCUGGUGGCUUGGUGGAGAAGAGGGCUGUUUGUAUUUGUCCUGCCUAAUGGCAAGACCCCCCCAGCACUGCAGAAUGUCUUAUCAGAUGCAGUGGAUUUCACUCUUGAGCUCUGCUAGAAUUAUUCUUACCUUUAAUAUUCACGCAGGACAGCAAAAUCCCUGCCAGAAGCAAGAAUGUUAAAAAAAAACUUCAGGGUUAGUUUUAGCAUGAUCUGACUUCAGACUCCCCUAGAGCAGGGUGACUUGGUGGGUAAUUGAUCUGGAUUUCUGCAGAGGGCAUCUCAGUGGUAGAUGCAGAGAUAAUGUCCCAAAGGUUGUUCUUUUUCAUUUGAGACCAAAUGAUCUUAUUGUAUCUGUGUUCCUACCCAACACCCCAAAAGGGUGCGAUUACUCAGGAGUUACUUUCUUCUAGUUCUAUAUGGAAAUCCAUUAAUAAGAUACAACAAUCACAAAGGCAUUUUGAAAAGCUGUUGGGAACAAAGAGUAGGCAGAAGAUGACACUGUGUCACAUCCUUUGUAACAGUCUAUGACAGGCUGAUCGUUGCUGAGUUCAUGACACAGGUCUUACUGAUUGUGCCACGCAGCACUAGUGAGCGCUUAAGUGCUGGGUGCCACUGACAUUAAUCAUGGGCUUUGCGAUUGGACAGAGGCAGUAGCAUUUUCAGGGAUCAGUUCCUACUGUCCUGUCCUAGAAUCACAGAAUGGUUUGGGUGGGAAGGGAGCUCAAAGCCCACCCACCCCAACCCCUGCCAUG